AUGCUAAUCCUACGGAGUAGCAUCUCUCCGCACAUUAAGGUUAUGUCACGCAAGUCGGUACUUGUGACAGGGUGCAGUGAGGGUGGUAUAGGUGAUGCUCUAGCCCAGGCAUUUCAGCGCAAAGGCCUGCACGUCUUCGCAACUGCACGUUCUUCGAGCAAAAUCGCACAUCUUUCAGCCCUUCCUAACGUCACAUGCAUCGUGCUUGAUGUUACGUCCACAGAGUCCAUCGAAACGGCAGUUCAAAUCGUCAAUACGAAAACCGGAGGCAAGCUUGACUUCUUGAUCAAUAAUGCUGGGCUGGGAAUAGUAGCACCUGCAAUUGAUGCAGAUAUCAAAGAUGCGAAGAAAAUGUUUGAUGCAAACUUCUGGGGUGCUGUAGAAAUGGUGCAGGCAUUUAGUCCCCUGAUAAUCAGUGCAAAGGGAACGAUUGGAAAUGUUGCUGCGUUGGGAGCAAUCCUCCAUGUUCCUUGGAUGUCUUUUUACGGAGCUUCAAAAGCAGCCCUUGUCAACUGGACCGAAGUCCUUCGUCUUGAGAUGGCGCCUUUUAGAGUUAAAGUUGUGCCGAUCAUGACAGGCUUCGUACACACCAAUAUUUUCAACCAGGGUCACGGCACGAGCCUUCCCAGAGAGUCUCUAUACUGGCCAGCUCACAAGGAGAUAGAUGCCCGUUCUGCAGGUAGUGAUGUGACUGAGAAGAUGGAUGCAAACGUUUACGCCAAUAAGGUUGUAAACGAUCUUACCAAUGGUGCAGAUGGAAGGAUAUACCGAGGUGGAAUGUCGUCUGGUGCGAAAUUCAUCACAACAUUUCUACCUAACUCUAUGGUGGACAAGAUGAUGUUAGGCGGGACUGGCUUGGAUAAACCAGCAGAGCUUCAAGCUAUUCAAGCUGCAAGAAAGGCUACGAAGACAGGUUGA